AUGUUCAUGUGGAUUUCCCUGCAUGGUAUACUUCUAUAUCGACGACGCAAUGAACAUCGUUCUCUCAAUGAAAAACUUCCACCGAUUUCAUGGAAGGAGUUUGUCGACAAGUACCUCUUGUCCAAUAAGGUGAAAACUAUUGUGUUUCAACCACAAUUUGAAGUUGGAAAUGUGUACCUUCAUUCACCACUAGAAGCAUCAAUGAAGAAAGCCAUGUUGGAUCUGAUCCACAUUGCUCCAGAUAAGUUUUCCCGACCUCCAGACGUUCGAUUUUCUUUCGAAGGUGAUGGCCCAGAUGUUGAAAAGGCAAUAUUGGAGCUCCAAAAGGCCACACAUGGUUCAGCUACACCUUUGAAAGCAGUUGAGUUUGAGCUGGAUCAGUUUCCCAGUUACAGGGAGCUAGCCUUCAUUAUAAUCAGCACAUUAUUCACAGUCGUAGCUGUCGCUGUAGUGAAAUAG